CGCGUGCACUUGGGCCCCAUUCCUUACCCGCUAGAUCUUGAGUAUAUACGCUUCACAUACUUUUCCCUAAUUUAUUUCUGUCAUUUGUGGCUAGAAUUCUGAUCCUGCUAGGUUAUUCACACGUCAACUGUAAAACAGUACAGCGAGCUACUUCAGAAUUCAGGUGAAAUUUGGAAAUUAUGGGUCGCAAAGUGACCCUGGCAGUGUGUACAAUAAAUCAGUGGGCCCUAGACUUCGAUGGAAACCUUAAAAGAAUUCUUCAAAGUAUUCAACUCGCCAAAGCAAAAGGCGCAUCUUAUAGACUUGGACCAGAGCUUGAAAUAUGUGGCUACGGUUGCAAUGACCAUUUUUUCGAAGGGGAUACGAUUCUUCAUUCCUUCCAAGUUUUGGCGUUUCUUCUCAACUCACCGGUAACCAGGGAUAUUAUCUGUGAUGUUGGGAUGCCUAUUCUGCAUAAAAAUGUGAGGUACAACUGCAGAGUUAUAUUUCUUAAUGGAAAGAUAUUGCUCAUUCGGCCCAAGAUACAGCUUUGCAAUACUGGGAAUUACAGGGAGAUGCGGUGGUUUACUCCAUGGAGAAAGAUGAAGCAAACAGAGGAAUUCUUCCUUCCAAGAAUGAUUUCUGAUAUUACUGGACAAUCAACUGUCCCAUUUGGAGAUGGUGUUGUGUCUACAUCAGAUACUUGUAUAGGCAGUGAGGUCUGCGAAGAGCUGUUCAGUUUGGACAGCACCCACAUUCCAAUGGCUCUGGAUGGUGUUGAGAUAUUUACUAAUGGUAGUGGCAGUCAUCACGAGCUGAGGAAACUUGAUAAGAGAGUUAACCUUGUUAUCAGUGCCACGGAAAAGGCAGGUGGAGUCUACAUGUACUCCAACCUCAGAGGCUGUGAUGGUGAGAGAGUAUACUAUGAUGGCUGCUCAUUCAUUGCCGUCAAUGGCAAAGUGGUUGCACAAGGUGCUCAGUUUGCUCUGCAAGAUGUUGAAGUUGUCACUGCCACAGUAGAUCUCGAGGACGUCCACUCUUACAGAGGAGCAAACAUGACAUUUGGAGCUGCUGCAAUCCACCAACCAACAAGUUAUCCUCGCGUGAAGGUAGACUACGCCCUUACCCAUGAUGAUGACCUGGUGGUCCCACUCUCAGAUGCAAUAAGGGUACACUACCAUACCCCCGAGGAGGAGAUAAGCUUGGGCCCCGCCUGCUGGUUGUGGGACUACCUCCGCCGCAGCGGACAAGCCGGCUUUUUCUUACCUCUCAGCGGUGGUAUUGAUAGCUCAUCUACCGCAUGCAUAGUUGCUUCUAUGUGUCACCUUGUGUGCCAGUCUGUGCGAGGCGGGGACACACAGGUGCUGGAGGAUGUACGGAGGGUCGUCCGUGACAGCGAGUACAUUCCAACUGACCCACGCGAGCUUGCUAACCGGAUAUUUGUCACAUGUUACAUGGGAACUGAGAAUUCAUCAGAGGAGACGCGCAAAAGAGCAGCUAACCUUGCCGACGAGAUGGGAAGUUAUCAUUUAGGUAUUACAAUAGAUGCCGCUGUUUCAGCAGUCUUGACCAUAUUCACCGCUAUGACAUCCAAAGUGCCAAAGUUCAAAGUCCAUGGCGGUUCACAUACUGAAAAUCUGGCACUUCAAAACGUCCAGGCCCGACUGCGCAUGAUCUUUGCGUAUUUGUUCGCCCAGUUGAUACUGUGGGCUCGUGGGAUGCCUGGGGGAUUACUCGUACUGGGCUCAUCUAACGUCGACGAAGGUCUGCGUGGCUACCUGACCAAGUACGACUGCUCCAGCGCGGACAUCAACCCGAUUGGCGGCAUCAGUAAGACAGACUUGCGGGCCUUCAUAUUUCACUGCGUGGAGAAAUACAACUUCAGCUCGCUCAUAACAAUCCUCGGUGCGCCGCCCACUGCAGAACUAGAACCCUUGGCGGACGGACAAAUACAGCAGAAAGAUGAGGAUGACAUGGGAAUGACGUACGACGAGCUUUCACUGUAUGGCCGGUUACGGAAGAUAUCUUGGUGCGGACCGUACAGCAUGUUCACCAAACUCCUGGACGUGUGGCGUGACGAGCUGAGAGCGGACCAGGUGGCAAACAAGGUCAAGUUCUUCUUCCAAACGUAUUCAAUUAACAGGCACAAGAUGACAACUUUGACGCCUUCUUACCACGCGGAAAGCUACUCGCCAGAUGACAACCGGUUUGACUUGAGACCCUUUCUCUACAACGUCCGCUGGUCGUGGCAGUUCCGCACGAUCGACGACCAGCUACAGAAACUCAAACAGAUCUCAGAGACCACGCAGCUACGUCACCAGCAGUUCCUUGAAAAGAACCGUGGAUCCCACAUGAAAACGACAGAUAGUGGAAAUGACGUAAGCACUACUCCAAACUCACUCGGUACCACUGUGAAGAGCGAGAGGUUUGGGUCUGAGAGGAGCUGUGAACUGGAGCGGUUAAUAAAGGAUGCGCAAUUGGAGAGGCUGGAUAGGCUGGGUGCUGGGGUCCACUUACUAGGACGAGAGCACGGCCUAUCUGCCCCUUCAAGAGUCGAUGCUGGGGCUGAAAACGACUUGAGCCGGCAACCACCAUGUCCAGCGCUAAUCUGCGUGAAAUCCGAACCGCCAGAGCCUGGUACUGGCUGUGGGCACGCUCAUUUGGACACAUCCUAUCGCUUAAACGGGAUGGCCGAGAAAGGCAUGGGGAGGAGGAAAAGGAGCGGGGCGGAGUUGCUGCAUGCUGAGCAGUCUGCUAGAGAAAUUGGUGUAACUGCUGAGAAACUUCGUGUGCAGGCUCAGUAAUUUGCAAGUAACACAGUGUGUAAUUUUUUAAUUUGAAUUUUCCGGUAUUACAAAGCCCGAAGAAAUCGUGUGACACGAGUAAAUCAAGCUAGCAUUAGGCUAAAACUUCCUUCGAGAGGUAGGGUGCCAAGACUUAAGAGGGGUGGGGGUGUCGAGACUUUGCAGAGUAUAGUAAUCUCGCACGUUUUCUUGCAAAAUGUUUUCGUUUGAUAUGGACAGGACUUUGUAAGCUAAAUUUCAAAACACAAGCAUAGUCAGUUUUUCUUUCCACUUUAUUUAUUCUGUUAUGUCAUAUUUAUAAGAAAACUUUGCAAAAUAGUGGAACUAUUACCAUCUGGACCGUGCCCGUGAUAUCGAGGUUUCCGGAGUUCUUAUUCAUAGAUUUUGAUUGAAGAUUUUUAAAUCGGGACUUCGGAAUGCGUCUGUUAUAGAAGAAUGGUGGUUUGUGAUAUGUAAGCUUGGCUGUAAAUUUAAAUAAAUAGAUACAAACACAUCGAGUAGUUUGUGACAUAGAUGGAGACCAAAUUAUGUUUCAGGAUCAGAUUCAGACCUAUCAAUCUUGUCAAUCAGAUUAAGCGGAUCCUGUCAAUCAGGUUGUGCGGUUCCUGUCAAUCAGGUUAUUCUGAUCCUGUCAAUCAGGUUGAUCGGAUCCUGUCAAUCUGGUUGAGCGGUUCCUGUCAAUCAGGUUGAGCGGUUCCUGUCAAUCAGGUUGAGCGGAUCCUGUCAAUCAAGUUGAGCAAAAAACAUACAAAAGAAUCUUUGACAACACUCAUCAUUUAUGUAGCUACUGCGCAUGUGCGAGUAGCUACUAUGUCAUCACGUCGACCUCGGAUACAUUUCGGGAUAUUAUUGUUACGAAGCGCCAGCCUAGAAUCACUUUAUAAAGAAGAAACUAUUUCAAAAUCAAAAGAUUUUGGGGGUUUGUUAAACUUCUAACAUAUUCUAUGGCAGCUUGGGUUUGAUAAACUCCAACGCGACUGUAUUCCAUUCACAUUCCGAGUUAUGGCCGUUCAAACUUUACGUCGAGUUAUUGAUUUAUAAAGAGUUUGCAAUACGUGCCAAAACACACGAGCUCAUGUAAGGAACGGACCAUUAGAAAAGUGAUGGGGGGGGGGGGGACUUUUCGGAGUUGCUCGAAUUUUUUUUCCUGUAAAUUCGGAAUGCAAGAAUUUAAUUUUUUCGGUUGAUUGGCCUGCAGAAUUUUUUUUUAGGAGAUCAAUCUUUUUUCAAGAUAAAAAUAUCAACAUUUUUCAACAAUCUUUUUAUUUUGUUUCUGUUACAUAAAGUACAUAAUGUACAUAAUGCUUUAACUUACAAUAAAUCCCAUGAAUACGUCCCGUGGCUGCUUUGUUCAGAUUCAAGCUGUUUAAAAUGAUAUGGGUAUCAAAGUCUGGACUGAAAAUAGUAAUCUCAUUCAGGGAUAUAGAAUAAGAUCACAGAAAAAAAAAAGGAAACUUUGCUUGCCUCGUUAGCCGGGUACAGAAACAAACAAGACACAAAAGACAA